CUUUUCCUCCCCGUUUUUAUUUUUUAUUUUUUGUUUUUGUUUUGUUUGUUUGCCACACUUUCAGAAGCAAACCGCACACCUCAGCGGGGGCAGCGGGUGGCAGUGGGGCCAGGAAGGCCGCUGCCUCCCUCCCGCCGGAGCCGGCCGGGUGCGGGCUGCCCAGCGGGGCCGUGGCCCUGGGCAGCGGGAACGGGAAGGGAGCAGGCGGGGCCGGGGGGAACUCUUCUUAAAUGUCAUACUUUAAUGAGGAUGGAAAAUGUGAAUUUUCUGUACAUUCCAGAUAAAAUUCCUCGGGGUGGUGACCUUUAGCAGCGAUUCUCUUAAGAGAGGAAAGUAGCCAAGCGUUUAUCUGCGCGCCCGAGAGCUUACCCUAGUGGAAGUUUAUGGAAGUGUUAAAGGGGGCGGAGGCGCUUGUCCAAUGAUCUGGAGGGGCUUGGAGCGGAGACCUCAGCUGGGAGACAUUUAAAUGGGAGACAGCUCGGCGCUGCUGCAAUUUGUAGGCAGGAUCCGAGCCUCGCCCUCUAUGGACUCCCGGGUGGCUGCGGGAUCCCACGCCUCCCGCUCUGCCGAGUGACCCGCAGGACUCAACCCCGCCGGGCCCCGCCGAGGAGCCGCCGCUGAGCCGGGCCCCCGAGGAGCCGCCGACGCCGCGCAGGAUGGUCCGCACACUGUAUGCCAUCGGCGCUGUGUUUCUUCUGAUGGGAUUUCUGCUACCGACAGCAGAAGGGAGAAAGAGGAAUCGUGGAUCUCAAGGCGCUAUCCCUCCUCCUGACAAGGAUCAGCCCAAUGAUUCAGAGCAGAUGCAGACACAGCAGCAGUCGGGCUCCAGGCAUCGAGAAAGAGGAAAAGGCACCUCAAUGCCUGCUGAGGAGGUGCUGGAAUCCAGCCAGGAGGCACUGCACAUCACUGAGCGCAAAUACCUAAAACGGGAUUGGUGCAAAACUCAGCCCCUCAAACAAACUAUCCAUGAAGAAGGCUGCAACAGUCGCACCAUUAUCAACAGGUUCUGCUAUGGCCAGUGCAAUUCCUUCUACAUCCCCAGGCAUGUCCGCAAAGAGGAAGGCUCUUUCCAGUCUUGUUCCUUCUGCAAGCCCAAGAAAUUUACCACCAUGACUGUUACCCUCAACUGCCCUGAGCUUCAGCCCCCUAGGAAGAAGAAAAGAAUCACCCGUGUGAAGGAGUGUCGGUGUAUAUCUAUCGACUUGGACUAAGCCGAGAAGUGCGUUGCACUCUGACUGUCCGCAAUCAUUGCCAGUGUGAGUGAGUGGCAGAAACUAGCAAAGCCUCGGGGCUGGACGCAACUGAAAGGAACCCAGUGAAUUACCUAAAAAAUAACAACUAACCAAACAAAAAGAACAAAACAGAUGUAAGGGAAGAACAGGCACAUGUGUGUAAGAGAGAAAAUGGGUGUAUACAAGCAAAUAUAUGAAUGGUCAAUCUGAGA